UACCAAACAAGUACCAUCCACACCAACAUGGCCAGUCAGGAAGCUGCCGAUAAACGGUUAGUAGGCUUGACCAAGCUGUUCAAUGCGGUCAUCUUUGGCCGUCGAGAGCUGAAGAGUAGUGGAGAUGGAAAUCGAUUCUUGGAAGCUUGGUGUGCACAGCCAGACGCGUCCAAAGCAGUUGAACAAGUCAUCGCCGCCCCCCAAGGGCUAACAGCGAUCGCCAAGGCUUUUCGCUUGUCUGGGGAUCGCGCUUUCCUCAUUGGGCAUGCCACCUCCACCCUUCGCUACCUUUCGAACCCAUCUCUCAAACAGCUCUAUGCAGGUCAAUUCCUGAACGAGAUUCUUGAACAAAUCGUCCAGCCUCCAACAUUCUGGGAUGUCUUUGUCCGGGCUCAUCGGGAUCAAACCCUUGAUGAUGACGCAACUCUCGCUUUCGCAUGGCUUCUCCUUGAGCUUCUAUGCUCGCGUUCUGAUGGGAUACCAGACGUAAGAGGUCUUGCAGAACAGAUUACAAGCGAUAAGCUUCUCACUCAAUCCGAAAACUUGAACGUCAGAAAUCUGGGCCACAAGAUCAAACACAUUAUCGAAAGCACGACCAAGACUACCGAUGAUGGCCCAGGCGGGCGUCAUGACAAUGACUUUGUUGACUAUCGCAAAGUCAAGAUUAUGCCUACCCCAGAUGAAUUUGUUUCGACAGAGCGACCAUUCUAUCGACCAGCCGAAGCCAUCUUGUCCGGAGAGCCCGGACUCAGGGGCAAUCUUCACCUUGACAACCAGUUCCGACUAUUACGCGAGGACCUUCUCGGAGAGCUGCGAAGUGACUUCCAGAUUGCUUCUGGCACGAAGAAAGGCAAGCGUAAGACUGUGAUUACGGACUUGGAGUUCUGCGGCAUCGACUGUGGUACGGUAUCUCGGCGUAAGCUAUGCUGUGUUGAGCUUCGCUGCACGAAUGGCAUCCCUCAGGUUCCCCGGUCUAUGAGUCUGGACGAACGUAAGAAGAAAUUACACGAGAGCAAAAAUCUGCUCAAACAUCAGUCUUUGGGCUGUCUAGUAAGCGAUGGUCAGCUUGUCGCUUUCGCCAGUGUAGAUAGGGAUGUGGACAAGCUCGCUACAUUCCCACCGAUUCUUGUCUUGCGCAUCACUGACAACGCCUCAUUCCAAAAAGUCAUGAUGAAGCUCAGCAUGUCGUCAGACUUACAGUUUGUUCAAGUGGACACUGCGGUCUUUGCCUACGAGCCCAUCCUCAAAUGUCUCCAGGAUAUGCGAGAUGUACCUUUGCAAGAACAGCUGCUAGACCUUCACUCCGACUCAAGUGAAGAGCUUUCUGCGAUCGUGCCCAAGCUUAUAUUUGAUCGUAUUGAAUCUGCACGACACCAGAACCUAAAAGACGUACUUGAUACCAAUACAGAGAUCCAACUCGACGAUGCGCAAGCUGAUUCGUUGCUGGCCGGCAUCGCGAAGCGCGUUAGUCUUAUUCAAGGACCCCCGGGUACAGGAAAAUCUUUCAUCGGAGCUUUGAUAUCGAAAAUACUCCACGAUCAUACCGGCGAGAAGAUUCUUGUUUUGACUUACACCAACCACGCGCUUGAUCAAUUCCUUGGUGAUAUUCAGAAAAUUGGAGUCCCUUCACACUCCAUUGUGCGUCUUGGGAACAAAUACAGCGAAGAAAACAGAGCCCUCUCUAUGAAAGAGCAGAAGACUGCAUACAGAAUAGAUGGUUCCACUCAUCACAUUAUAGAUGAGCAGAAAGCUCAAGCAGAGAACUAUCAGGACAUGCUAUCACGGAAGAGCGCCAACUUCACCAGACUCCGCGUUACAAAGACGCAGCUUUUUGCGUUUCUGGAAUUCUCUGAAGAUUCCGAAUUCUUUGACGCAUUCCAGAUCCCGGACGCAGAGAACGAUGAGACUACGGUCGGAAGGCGUGGAAAAAAGAUUGAACGAUCCUAUUUGUACGAUCGAUGGAUACAAGGCCGCGAUGCUGGGAUCUACCGGAAAACCACGGCAUGUGAUCAUCCGAACGUCUGGUCUUUGAGUCCGGAAGCCCGAAAGGCUCGUCUGAAUUCUUGGAUAAAGGUAUUAUUGGAAGAGGAGGUUGCUGAACUCGGAAACCUUGCGGAAAAGUACGAUCACUGUCAAGAGAAAGUUACGCGACUUUUCCGUGGAAAAAAUGCGCACAUCAUGGGCGAGAAGCGCAUCAUCGGAUGUACUACAACGGCUGCAGCGAUCUAUGCGGAAGAGAUACAGAAAACCUCACCAGGGAUUGUCAUCGUCGAGGAGGCUGGGGAGAUUCUCGAAAGCCAUAUAUUGACAGCGAUGUCGCCUUACACUAAACAGCUCGUGCUCAUUGGUGACCACAAACAACUUCGACCGAAGAUCAGUAACUAUGCACUCACCAUCGAGAAAGGCGAUGGCUACAACCUCAACGAGUCUAUGUUCGAAAGACUUGUGAUGGCAGGUGUGCCUCAUGUCACAUUGAACAGACAACACCGGAUGCAGCCGGAUAUAUCAAAGUUUGUACGGGCCUUGACCUACCCUGAGCUCGAAGAUGCUCCCAAAACUAAAGGGAGACCCCCUCUUCGUGGCUUCCAAAACAGUGUCAUAUUUGUCUCGCAUGACAAACCUGAACUCAAUGCCACGAAUAUUGCAGAUCGUCGAGACGAAGGGGGCAAAUCGAGCAAAGAGAACGAGUACGAAGUAGAUAUGGUCCUCAAGUGUGUCCGCUAUUUGGGUCAGCAAGGGUAUGGGACCCAUCAGAUUGUGGUGCUUACACCGUAUCUGGGCCAGUUGUAUUGUUUAAUGCGCAAGUUAUCAACAGAAAACGACCCGGUGUUGAAUGAUCUGGACUCCUUUGAACUGAUACGUGCUGGUCUACUCACUCCCGCCGGUGCCAACAUCUCGAAAAGUAAAAUCAGGAUCUCUACUAUAGACAACUACCAAGGAGAGGAAAGCGACAUUGUAAUUGCUUCAUUGACUCGUAGUAACCCGGUCGGCGACGUUGGUUUCAUGUCGGCACCCCAACGAGUGAAUGUGUUGCUGUCACGUGCUCGUAAUGCCCUGAUCAUGAUCGGAAAUGCCGACACAUUCCUGAAUAGCCGUAAGGGUAAAGAAGUGUGGACUCCUUUGAUGGAUCAGCUGAAGCGAGACGGGCAUAUCUAUGAUGGUUUCCCUGUGCAAUGCGAAAACCAUCCCGAGAGAAAACAACUUUUGUCUACGCAGGAAGCUUUCGAUACCGAGUGUCCUGAUGGGGGCUGUUCCGAGCCAUGCGGAGUUCUACUCAACUGCAAUCAGCACAAAUGCCCACAUAAAUGCCAUCAGCUCCAAGAUCACUCCAAGAUGGCGUGCAGAGCAAUAGUGGAAUCAUUCUGUCCCAAGAACCAUAAAACCUCGAAUCUAUGCUACAAAUCAACUGGCCAGAGUUGUAAAAAAUGCGAGAAAGAGGCGAAAGCAAGCGAGAAGAAACGAAAGCGAGCUUGGGAAUUGGACCGCGAAAGGCAGGCUAAACAAGAUGCUUAUGCCGCGGAGCUGACCCAGCUAGAAGAGGAGAUUGAGCACGAGAAGCGACGGAUGAAAGAUUUGACUGAUGAACAAGCUCGAAACAAUGUUCUAGCGCAGAAGAAGCUUGACUUGGCCAACAUGAAGAAGUUGCGUGCUUCUGGCCUGCAACAAUCGACCCAGGCAACUACUGCCGGCACAUCCACACAGGCUGCGAAGUCAUCUACGACCCCUACAGCGACAUCCACACAGGAGAUCUCUGCUCAACAAUCAAGUAGCCCAAACACCAAUACCCCGCCGAGUUCGUCAGUCGCUCCCACGAACUGGGACAAGAGCAAAGCUAGAGAUGAAUGGGAUUGGCAAAAGGCAAAUGAGCUUGCAGAGAACAAGGCACUCGACGAACUGAUGGAUAUGAUAGGGUUGGAGUCUGUCAAGCAACGAUUUCUGCUCAUCAAAACUAAGGUCGACACUGCUGUUCGGCAGAACAUCUCCUUGGGAGGUGAAAGAUUUGGCGCUGCACUGCUGGGAAAUCCUGGAACAGGCAAGACUACCGUAGCUCGCCUCUACGCCAAAUUCUUGGUCAAAGUGGGAGCCUUACCUGGAGGUCACUUCAUUGAGAGCUCCGGGUCUUCACUUGCUAACGAAGGAGUCUUGGCAUGCACAAAACAUAUUGAAAAGAUUCUUGAAGCAGGUGGGGGUGUCUUCUUUAUCGACGAAGCCUACCAGCUCGUUUCGGGCAACUCACCUGGCGGCAAGGCUGUGCUGGACUAUCUUCUCGCAGAAAUUGAAAAUCUCACUGGUAAAGUGGUGUUUGUCCUGGCUGGGUACCAUAAGCAGAUGGAGGCGUUCUUCGAACAUAAUCCUGGGAUUCCCAGCCGCAUCCCCAUUCAGAUGGAGUUUGAAGACUAUACUGACACGGAACUGCACAAGAUAUUCUGUCAACAUAUCUCGAAGAAAUACAGUGGGAGGAUGAAGAUACAAGACGGUAUGCUAGGCCUUUUCGUCCGGAUUGUCGCUCGUCGGAUCGGUAGAGGGCGUGGUCGGGAUGGGUUUGGAAAUGCCCGUGAUGUCCAGAACAAGAUCUCGCAGAUCACUGAGCGACAAGCAAAGCGACUUCAGCAACAACGUAAAGCAGGUCAACUCCCCGAUGAUUAUGAGCUCACCAAAGAGGAUCUAAUUGGUCCGGAGCCGUCGACAGUACUCAGGAAAAACAAGGCGUGGAAAAAGCUAAAAGAGCUAAUCGGUCUUCAAAAGGUCAAAGAAAGUGUUCAGAUUCUACUAGACCAGGUGCAGUACAACUACGAUCGGGAGCUUGCGGAAAAACCCUUAGUUCAGUAUUCACUCAACAAAUGCUUUGUUGGAUCGCCAGGAACUGGAAAGACGUCAGUCGCAAAGCUAUACGGGCAUAUCUUGGCAGACAUUGGGCUUCUUUCCAAUGGAGAAGUUGUUGUGAAAAAUCCCGCAGAUUUUGUUGGGGACGUUAUAGGGGCUUCGGAAACCAAGACUAAGGCGAUAUUGGCAUCAACGGUAGGAAAAGUUUUGAUCAUCGAUGAGGCUUACAUGCUGGCCGGAGGCGGGAAACCCGACAUUUUCAAGGUCGCUGUCAUCGACACCAUUGUAGCAGAAGUCCAGAGCACUCCUGGAGAAGACCGGUGCGUGCUUCUGCUGGGCUAUAAAGACCAAAUGGAGGAUAUGUUCAGAGACACCAACCCCGGCUUGGCGAGGCGCUUCCCACUUGCUUCUUCUUUCGAAUUCGAAGAUUUCUCUGAUGCCGAACUCGGUCAGGUUUUGAACCUGAAGCUAAAGGAUGUCGGCUAUGACGCGACAGACCAGGCCAAGCGCGUCGCAAUAGAAACCCUCCAGAGAGCUCGUAAUCGACCCAAUUUUGGAAAUGCCGGAGAGAUAGAUAUAAUGCUUGACCGUGCCAAAGCCCUUCAUCAGAAACAUCUGUCCUCCCGGAAAGUGAAGCAUAUUGACACGUUAGAGGCUAUCGAUUUUGACCCCGAAUUCGACAGAACAGCCCGAGCAGCAACCAAUCUACCUUUAUUAUUCAAGGACGUUGUGGGGUGUGAAGCUAUCAUUAAGCAAAUGCAAAGCUACCAGACGACAGCCGCGAAUAUGAAGGCGCUCAACAUGGACCCACGGGAGCAAAUUCCAUUCAACUUCCUCUUCAAAGGACCUCCAGGCACCGGAAAGACCACCACAGCCCAGAAAAUGGGCAAGGUCUUCUACGACAUGGGUUUCCUGGGCCAGGCGAAAGUCGUCGAGGCUUCCGCAACGGAUCUUGUUGGCCAAUAUAUAGGACACACGGGGCCAAAGGUGCAGAAACUACUCGAGACAGCUCUUGGCAAAGUUCUGUUCAUUGACGAAGCGUAUCGCCUUGCCGAGGGCCAUUUCGCAACGGAAGCUAUGGAUGAGCUUGUCGAUUGUCUUACAAAACCAAAAUACCAUCAGAAGCUGAUUUGUAUUCUCGCUGGAUACGAUAAGGACAUUGAUCGAUUAAUGUCGCAGAACCCUGGUCUGACGAGUCGUUUUCCAGAAAGCGUCGUCUUCCCUCAUUUGGACCCAACGACCUCAAUCAAACUGAUGACGAAAGUCUUGGAGAAGAAUGCCCAGCAAGCUCCACUACGUAUAGAGUGUUUGGUGAAUCCCGAGCCAAAGUUUGAGGGUAAACUACUCGGUCUGUUCAAGCAACUUUCAAGCUUAGAUUCGUGGGGGAAUGCACGUGAUGUGAAGUCAUUGGCCAAAGGGAUGUUCAACAAACUCAUUUCGGCAGCUUCUCUUCCGAUCAAAGAACUUGUGUUGACUGAGGAGGUCAUCACUGAAAUUAUGGAGAGCAUGCUAGCGGAGCGUUCUCGUCGCAAUGAAGCGGUUGGCACCACACGGUUUGAUGAGCGGAACCGGACACGGACUCUCCAGCAAGUACAGACUGCCCCAACUGGGCCGCCACCUGUACCAUCAGAUCCAAAUGCUGGCACCAAAUCAAAUUCCAAUGCGAAACCGCCCCCACCUCCGGCAACUGAUGGAAAACCUGAUGAUCCACCCCCUACAAAGGACGAGGGCAACACUACAAUCGAAGAGCCAGAAUGGAUCGACUCCAUCAUGAAAGCGAAGCGAGAUCCAGGCGUUUCAGAUGCAGUCUGGGAGCAACUCACCCGCGAUAAACUUGCAGCCAUUGCCCAGGAACGCGAAUAUAUGCGCCUCCAAAAGGAAAAACAGGACGAAACGGGGCGUAUAGAGAAGCUUCGACGCGCCGAGGAACAGGCGCAGCACGAUGAAGAGAAGCGAAGGUGGGAGCAAGAACGGAUCGAAGCGGAGCUUGAGCGCCGCAGACAGGACGAGAUUCUGAAAGAGGUGGAGCGCAAAAGGCAGCUGGAGUUGAAGAGGCAGCAGAGACUCAGAGAGUUGGGACCCUGUCCCGCGGGAUUCCGCUGGAUCAAGCAGAGUGGGGGAUAUAGAUGUGCUGGUGGGAGUCAUUGGCUUGCUGAUGGUGCGCUGGGAUUGUAG